AUGAUGCUGCUGGGAGGGUACUAUCAUCUAAGUAUUCAUAUCGCGAGUACACGCUCGUCUCCUCCCAAUUUGGCGCGGCCGGCACCCAUAAUCUCUCUCACAAACAAGAUGAAGGUUGUAGCAGCAUACUUGCUAGCCGUUUUGGGAGGCAAUGCCUGCCCUUCCACCGAUGAUUUGAAGGAUAUCCUCAGCUCUGUUGGAGCUGAAGCCGAUGAUAACCAGAUUGGGCUUCUUUUGACGCAAGUUCAGGGAAAAGAUAUAACAGAGCUCAUUGCAGCUGGAAGAGAGAAGUUGGCAUCUGUACCUGCUGGAGGUGGUGCUGUUGCAGUGGCUGCUUCUGUUGCUGGUGCUACUGGUGGUGCAGCUGCUUCAGCUGCAGCUGAGCCCAAGAAAGAGGAAAAGGUGGAGGAGAAAGAGGAAUCAGAUGAUGAUAUGGGCUUCAGUCUCUUUGACUAA